AUUAUUGCUGUCAUUGACAUCUUGUGCGUUCAGUUUGACUCGUACCUUGGGUCUGUAACUUCAAUGUAUUUGCUUCUAAAAAUAUGGAUUAUCAUCUCGACCCCAAUAAGAAUAUCUAAAAACAAAACGCCGAACCAAUGUCCUUUACCAGAGCCAGCUGGAUAUAUGUUCUCCCCCUAUAUCCCUCUCACGACAACCCUCCCUGCAACCACACAUCCAUCCAUCCUCUAUCCGUACCCUCUUUCUUCACCCAUCUCACUCCGAUCUCGCCCGUCUUCACAUCCUGGCUCGCAACCUCCACCCAACCAUCCUUCUCGGCUCUCCGCGAAUUCACUACCCUCUCAACCCCACCAAGUGCCUUCCACUGCGGUCCAGCGCCUUUCUCCGACGACGUAGAUUGCGCACCCCAAAUCACAAUCCCAUCAUUGCACAACACACACCAACCCUUACUGACGUCCUUCCCAAACAGCGUCAGCCCCUUCUUCUCGAACUUGAGCUUGACGCCCGCGUCGAAGAUGAUUCUCCGCCUCUUCCGUACAGCCAAGACAAAGUCGAACGGUGUCAACUUUCUCUCGACUUGCCGCAGAUUCUGAUAUUCUUCCUCUUGUGCUUUCGCGUUCUGUACGUCCUCGCAUGCGGCUUUAGCGGCAGAGUAUGCUUCGCGAACGGUGCGCCAGGCAUCGUUGCUGAGGUGAGGUGGCGUGACCAGGAGGAGACGGCUGAGGAGUAACGGGUAACGUGUCAACCGCUGGAAG